AUGCCUCUCAAGCUCGGGUCGUCAACGGUAUUAGCCGCAAUCCCGUCGGCCACGACAGCCCCAGCGGAAGACGAGGAAUUCUACUCAUCAUGGUCUCUUUUCCUUGUCUGUAUGCUCCUCGUGUUGUCGCUCUGGACGUCAUAUUAUCUGCAAAUUAAGCGAAUACGUGCCGUUCAUGAGACACUGGUGUCGAUAUUUGCUGGGAUGACAGUAGGCUUGAUUGUUAGGCUGGCACCGGGAACGAUGAUUCGCGAAAUGCUAACUUUCAAACAUACAAUUUUUUUCAACCUGCUGCUUCCUCCUAUCAUUUUGAAUUCUGGCUAUGAGCUCAAACAGGAGAAUUUCUUCCGUAACUUUGGAUCCAUACUCACGUUUGCUUUUCUUGGAACGUUUAUCUCUGCUGUCGGUGUGGGUGUCCUUGUUUACAUUUAUUCUUUUCUCGGACUUGAAUCACUGGAAAUCUCCCUUCUCGAGUGCCUGAUAUUUGGCUCCACGCUCUCCGCAACUGACCCGGUCACCAUCUUGGCCAUCUUUAACCAGUACAAGGUUGACCCGAAACUUUACACGGUCAUUUUUGGUGAGAGUUUGUUGAACGAUGCGGUCAGUAUCGUCAUGUAUGAGACACUAUCGCAGUUCCAUGGGACCGAAAUAUACAUCUCAUCAAUCUUCCAUGGAAUCGGCAUAUUCUUGCUCUCAUUCAGUGUUUCGAUGGCUUUGGGUGUAGCCUUCGGCCUUGGAAUGUCGCUGAUGCUUAAACAUUCCUCCCUGAACCUCUACCCGGGCAUCGAAUCGUGCCUGGUCGCCCUAUCCGCAUACACCUGCUACUUCUUCUCUAACGGGCUCUCCAUGUCCGGAAUCGUAUCCCUCCUCUUCUGCGGUAUUACCCUCAAGCACUAUGCCUACCAUACCAUGUCGAGACGCACACAACGCUCUUCAAAAUACAUAUUCUCAACCCUCGCACAACUCUCUGAGAACUUCAUCUUCGUCUAUCUUGGCAUGUCCCUCUUUACCAAUGCCCCGACGUCCGAGCGUGUGACUAACUAUGUCAAACCGCUCUUCAUCGUCAUCAGCACAGUUGCCGUCAUCUUCACGCGUUAUGCUGCAGUGUUCCCACUGUCCGAAGCCAUCAACUUUUUCCACAAACACGCGCGCGGUCAGAGGACUGAGGAGCUCCCGCAUUCAUAUCAGAUGAUGCUCUUCUGGGCUGGCUUGCGUGGAGCGGUCGGGGUUGCCCUCGCUGCUGGGUUCAAAGGCGAAAACCGGGAGAUCCUACGCACGACUGUCCUCGUGGUGGUCGUCUUAACCGUGAUCAUGUUCGGCGGGACCACCGCUCGGAUGCUUGAGAUAUUAGGGAUUCGCACGGGCGUGGAAGACGAGGCGGCGAGUAGUGAUGAAGAGGAAGAGACGACGCGCACACCGUGGUUCAGCCGCCGAAUGUCCGGAACCGGAAAUGGAGGACAUUGGGCGCGAUACAUGGACGACGAACCACCCUACGGGGUUCCCACGUCUCCACGCAGGAUUGGUAUGCACUAUAGUGCGCGCAGUUACAACCACCAAGCCCAGGCGCCGCCUUUAUCACCACUAAACGGCAACGGGGCCGUGUUCUCGACUGCUUCAAGCGAGUCUCUGGAAUCUGACGGAGGCGAAGUCCUCCCGAUGGCGAUGACGUCAAACCAGCAGCAGCAGCAGCAGCAGCAGCAGCCGCCAUCCGCCCCCCAGCCAGGCGAAGACGGGAAGUGGUUCCAAGCACUAGACGAGAGGUACCUGCUACCACUAUUCUCAAACGCUACGGCGAGCCGGACGUUCCACGCGCGGAGGGCGCGGAGGAGCGUUGCUGGUGGGCUGGUGAGCUCGCCUGGGGAUAGCGAGGACGACGGGGACGGGCAGGAGGUGGAGCUAGGGUCUGCGUCGUCGCCGUUGCCCGGCCAGAGUGAGAGUCGGAUCGAAAGGGGCUUGGGGAGCCCGAUGCUUAGAAGUUCAAGUGGGGAUCAAGGACAGGGUAGGGCGUCGUAG